AUGGCUAAAAGGAAGCAGAAUAACUCCAUCAGUAACAGUGAAAACACCAACAGCAACAGUAGCAACGGCUACAUGAAGAUGAGGAGGACAAGGAAGAGAAGCGUCCCAAGAGACUCUCCCUUGCAGAGAAGCUCUGUUUAUCGUGGCGUCACAAGGCAUCGGUGGACUGGAAGGUACGAAGCUCAUCUCUGGGAUAAGAACAGUUGGAAUGAAUCACAGAAAAAGAAAGGAAAACAAGUAUACCUUGGAGCUUAUUAUGAUGAGGAUGCUGCAGCUAGAGCUUAUGACCUCGCUGCAUUGAAGUAUUGGGGCCAUGAAACCAUACUGAAUUUUCCUCUAUCAACAUACCAAGAAGAGCUCAGAGACAUGCAAGGCCAGUCCAAGGAAGAGUACAUUGGAUCUUUGAGGAGGAAGAGUAGUGGAUUCUCUAGAGGUGUAUCAAAGUAUAGAGGCGUGGCCAGGCAUCAUCAUAAUGGAAGAUGGGAAGCAAGAAUUGGCCGCGUACAUGGCAACAAAUAUUUGUAUCUCGGAACUUAUGCUACACAAGAAGAGGCAGCAACGGCUUAUGAUAUGGCAGCGAUCGAAUAUCGUGGGCUCAACGCGGUCACCAACUUUGAUCUUAGCCACUACAGUAAGUACCUCCAUCCAAAUCCACAAACUAACACCACCACCCCAAUAUCCCUACAACUCAUCAACCAAUCAUCCACCAUUAAAUUGAGCCACGACGCCCCACUAACCCUUCAUCAUCAACCAUCCCCGUCACCAUCAUCACCACCACCACCGCCGCCGCCGCCGCCGCCACAACAAAAAAUCUUUCAAUCUUUUCAUAACACAGAACCAGGAGCGCUCAUCAAUACGAAUACAAUGACUAAUGCUGCUGCAACGAAUAUAUCAACACUCGGAUUAAUACUUCAGUCAUCAAAGUUUAAGCAGAUGUUGGAGAGGACGGCGAUGUUCGAUGCGUCGUCGGUGCCGAAUGAGUUUGUCGGGGAGCAGUGGCCGAGGUGCAGCUUUCCUGAUGACAUACAAACAUACUUUGGUUGUCAUGAUAAUGGAGGGUUUAAUGUGGAGGGAGAUGGCACAUUGUUUGGUGAACUAAACGCUUUCGAGCCUCCUGUUUUUCAAUGCGGGCUGGACUUAUGA